AUGAGCUCCUCUACCAACCAACAUCUCCCCACUACCUCCUCCGACCUUCCACCCCAACACACAACAACCGCCCCCCACCUCGACCCGAACGCGCAAUUGACCAACAACGGAUAUGCGCCCAAUGACAACCAGCUCGCGGGACUAGUCGAGGCAGCAACAGCUGCCGCAGACCAAGAUGUUUCGCAAUGGGCUGCCGCCGCCGCAGUCGCCGCCGCAGCCGGCGCAGCUGGCCACCAUCACCAGCUGGAUUCAUACACAGACAUGGAUCUCUCUGGGAACGGGUUCGGCGACGCGAACUUCGGGGCUGGCAUGAGCAGCGGAAGACACAUGCGAGCACCUAGUCACACCGAACAUCCCCAAUCCUCGGGGCUCACACGAACCGCGACCAAAAAGCGCAAGCGAAAUCAGGAUGAUGAUAACCUCGACCCCGCCUUGGCUGGCGAGGGUCUCUCUGACACGCAGCAUCAGUCGCAUCCCGCGCAGCAAGCGCCCAAUGACUAUACCGGAGAAGAGCAUCAGUCGCAUUCCGCACAGCAAGCGCCCAAUGACUAUACCGGAGAAGAGAUAGACAUUCGGCCUGAGCAGCAGCAGUCUCUAUCGGAUGCUCGUGCGGUGGGUAUUCAUUCUGCGGCGGCGCUGUUCCGCCAGCCCUCUAGCAAUAAGAAGUACACACGGCCUCCCAUCUCAAAGUUGUACGCCUCCCUUGGGAUCUCACCGGAGAACUUUAUACAUCUCCAGUCUGCUGCUAAACAUUACAUGCUGGACGAUGAACACCCUGAAAGACAGGAUUGUGUUGGUCAGCGAGGAAGGGGAGAUUCAGAAAUGGUCAAGCUACGCCUUUGGAACUGUGUUCGCCAGUUCCUUGAUGCUGAGGGAUAUGGUGAACGUUUUUUUGGCGAGGAUGCCGUUAAUGAUGGCGUGGGGACGAGAAUUCACACUUGGCCGCGUGACCAAAACAAGAUCAUCUCAUUGAUCACUCCUUUGCUCAGACGGAUGGUCACCAACGAAAGGCAACGCCGAUACGCGAUUGAGACGCGCAAGGGAGGUGGUGCUGAAGCACGCCGUCGCCGUAAAACGGAAGAGUUGUCGGCGAAUAGUCCGGAAUUUUCUCCCGAGCAGCAGCAUCUACAAAUGCAGAAUCAGCCAUCCCAUCGCGAUGAUCUGUCGCAGUCAAUGGCUCCCCCACCGCCGAUGCAGCAAUCCGCAAUGGAUUCGUCCCAGCCUAUGGACCUCGGUCUGACCGACCUCCUCCUAGACGGAUACACAGGUGACUGGGAAGAGAUCGCCCGCUGCUAUAAUACGUACAACGAGAACUUUGAGCUUGAUAACCUGUGGUCUCUCUCCGGUCUCCAGCAACCCGAUUGGCGCGGGCUCGUCGCCGCAGUUGACAGCCAUUACCACGUCGUCCACAACGGGAACUACGACUGCCCAUCGAUUUGCGAAGAUGCGAACAUCAACCGCAUUGUCCACGCGGACACCACCUCAGAUCUCCAAUGGCGCAUUGGCGGAGGCCGCAACCUCCCAGCCCGAGUUGAAUUCGCGAGUAGUAUCACCCGUGACGUGUCUCGCAUCAUCCGCGAGAACAUCGCCGCCCGACACGGCCUCCCAACCGAAGCACCCGACCCACACUUCCAUCAACCAUUCACCUCUCUGCCCGAGUCAACUCCGGCCAACACAACGGACUCCUCUCACGGCCACAGCCAAACUUCUAUUCGCGUCAAUAUCUUGCAAAACGGAAAGCGCAUCCUCCCCAGAUUUGAACUGCCCGCAGGCCAGUGCUCCAACAUCGACAUGGUCAAGCAGGCAAUUCUCCGUCGGUAUUCGAGCCAAAUCCCCGGUUUGACGGAAUUCCAGGCCGUGAAUGCUGCUACGCAAGAAGCUCGCGAGUCUACCAUUGUGGAUGGGUGGAAGGUCAAGGUUUGGUUGCCGGAUGGCCUGCUACAUGUGCAGAAUCAGAAGGACUGGGCCAUUGCGGUGCUCACUACUGAUGCUGUUGACUGGAUGGAUGGGGAGCUCAAGGUUCUUGUUGAGGUUGGUGAAGGGGAUGGGCAGUAG